AUGAUCACCACAGACUUUCUUGAAGAUUUGACCUUCAGUCAUGGGGGCCCAGAGGAAGACGUGGUGAUCCGUAAGGGCCUUUCCAGUUCUGUUGGUGGUACCUUUACGGAUGGUGUGGUCUUGGACGUCACCUUCACCUUUCUGGGCUUCAGUUUCUUUCUGAUCAUUUUGCAGUUCCCUGAGAAGUUUGGUACCUUUGACUCCCCGGCAGAUUUAUCCCUCCUUCGAAGUCCAUGGCUGACUGAUCUGGGCUACAGAAGUCCUGCCCCUCGCUUCAUGCUGGGAUUUAACUCUGUGUUUGAUGGUGACAGUGCCUACGUGGGGAUGAGUGACGGAAACCCAGAGCUUCUAUCAACCAGCCAGACCUACAGCAGCCAGAACGAGAGCAACGAAGACUAUGAGAUCCCCCCGAUAACACCUCCCAACCUCCCGGAACCAUCCCUCCUGCAUCUGGGGGACCACGAAGCCAGCUACCAUUCGCUGUGCCACAGCCUCACACCAAACGGACUCCUGCCUGCCUACUCCUACCAGGCCAUGGACCUCCCGGCCAUCAUGGUGUCCAACAUGCUGGCUCAGGACAGCCAUCUGCUGUCAGGCCAGCUGCCCACGAUCCAGGAGAUGGUCCACUCGGAAGUUGCCGCCUAUGACGCUGGCCGGCCGGGGCCCCUCCUGGGCCGCCCGGCAAUGCUGGCCAGCCACAUGAGCGCCCUCAGCCAGUCCCAGCUCAUUUCUCAGAUGGGUAUCCGAAGCGGCAUUGCCCACAGCUCCCCGUCGCCCCCAGGGAGCAAGUCAGCGACCCCCUCUCCCUCCAGCUCGACUCAGGAGGAGGAAACGGAAGCACAUUUCAAGAUGUCAGGAGAGAAGAGACCCUCAACUGACCCAGGAAAAAAGGCCAAGAACCCAAAGAAGAAGAAGAAGAAGGACCCCAAUGAGCCGCAGAAGCCAGUGUCGGCCUACGCCCUUUUCUUCAGAGACACUCAGGCCGCCAUCAAGGGACAGAACCCCAGCGCCACCUUCGGGGAUGUGUCCAAAAUUGUGGCCUCCAUGUGGGACAGCCUGGGAGAGGAACAGAAGCAGGCCUACAAGAGGAAGACCGAAGCAGCAAAGAAGGAAUAUCUGAAGGCCCUGGCAGCCUACAGGGCGAGCCUCGUCUCCAAGAGCUCCCCAGACCAGGGCGAGACCAAGAGCACUCAGGUGAACCCGCCGGCCAAGAUGCUCCCGCCCAAGCCGCCCAUGUACGCCAUGCCGGGGCUGGCCUCCUUCCUGACGCCAACGGACCUGCCCGCCUUCCGCGGCGGGGCCUCCCCCGCCAGCCUCGCCCGGACGCUGAGCUCGAAGUCGCUGCUGCCAGGCCUCAGCGCGUCCCCUCCGCCACCACCCUCCUUCCCGCUCAGCCCCUCUCUGCACCAGCAGCUGCCACUGCCCCCCCACGCCCAGAGCGCCCUCCUCAGUCCACCCGUCAGCAUGUCCCCAGCCCCCCAGCCUCCCGUCCUGCCCACUCCCAUGGCACUCCAGGUGCAGCUGGCUAUGAGCCCCUCACCCUCAGGGCCACAGGACUUCCCCCACCUCUCCGAGUUCCCCAGCGGCUCCGGGUCCCGCUCGCCUGGCCCAUCCAACCCCACGAACAGCGGGGACUGGGACAGCAGUUACCCCAGCGGGGAGUGUGGCAUCAGCACUUGCAGCCUGCUCCCCAGGGAUAAAUCUCUCUACCUCACCUAAUCCUGCCUCUCCUCACUUCCUGAGGCUGCUGGAAGGGCCCACAGCAGAAAAGAGGCCUUGGCAGGAAGCAGGGUGACCUAGAAGAGAGAGCAGUGACAUGCCAAUGCCCCAAGGCUGACAGAGAUGCACCAGUGCUCCAGGGCUGAGACUCUUCCCGACCUCUUGACCAGACUCUGCAGAGGCCGCCCACCGCCCGCCACCAGCCCAAAGAACCUGCAGGACCCUUCUGCCCCCUGACCUGCUUGCUCCAGGGUCACUGUGGACCCCACUCGUCCUGCGCACCAUACCCUAUGUCUGGACGUCUGGCCCUAGCCCAGGCACACGUGCGCUGUCCCUGGAGGGGGUCACUUACCAACAGAAACCCACCCCCAGAUGUGUGGGGCGGGGGCCAGCCCAGCCACGGACGUGCAAAUGUGGUUUUACGGUGUAAACAAGAGAUUAUGAAACCUAUAAACUGUUGGCUCCGUGUAAGUAGUUGACUAAGUGUUUUAGAACCGUGACGAAGGCAUCUGUAAGAUUAUUUUGUGGGGAGGGAGGCGAAAGUAGUUUUCUUUAAGGUAAAAAGCAUUUUAUAUGACCCUUAGCACAUUUUUUUUUUUUUUUAAGUUUUAUCUUGAGGGAGACGUGCACCAAAGCGGCUGCCGAAACAUUUCAUCAUCUGUACAGGAAGAACAGGACACUUGACAGCCAGGCUUGGGGGCACUGCGCUUUUUCUUAAAUUUUAACCAUACGUCCACCUAUUUAAAAUGGCCAACAACGACUUUUGCCUAUUUAUGAAGAAAACUUGAGAACAGAUAUGCAGUUUAUCAUAAAGUGUGCGUGGUUUGGGGGUUUGGUUUGGGUUUGGGUUCUUAUUGUUGUUUGCAGCUGUUUCCUGGCCCUGGCAAAUGUCUGGCUCGGUGCCCAGCGCUUCUCUCAAAUUUCUUUAUAAUAAAAUUUCUGAAAAGUUGGAAA